GUUUCGUUUUUUUUUCCUCUCUGCUCUUAGAAGAAAGGAUAUCCAGCAGAACAAAAAGAAAAAUAAUGACAGAAGAGAGCAAGUUCUGCAAAAACUGUAAACGAGAUGUGUCUGCUGCCAACUUCUCUCUCCACGAGGCCCACUGCUUGCGGUUUCUCACUCUCUGUUCAGAAUGUGAUGAACCAGUUGCCCAAAAGGAUAUCAAAGACCAUCAAAUGGAAGCACACAAGCAGGCCAGGUGUAAGCUCUGUCACCAGAGCAUGCAGCAGCAGCAGCUGGAGCAUCACGAGACCAAGGAAUGCCAACAACGAGUGAUAAAAUGCGAGAUCUGUGAGCUUGAAAUGCCCUUCAACAAGCUGCAGGAACACCUGAACACCUGCGCCAGCCGAACAGAGAAGUGUUGGGCGUGUAACAAAUACAUCAUGUACAAAGACUGGAACAAACACAAGGAGAUUUGUCAGAACAGCAGUCUGCCCUAUAAUAAGGAUGUGAACUUUCAAACCAGUGAAGCAUCCACCAAGACAUUUAGUUCCCCCACUGGUACUGGUGGCAGUCUUUGUCAGAAGUGCAAUAAGUCAUUUCCAGAUGACCAGUACUCCCAGCACCUGAGUGAAUGUGGUGUGGCCCACAAGCUGACAGAAGUUCUUGCUGGCCAGUCAACUUCAGAACUCAGCAGUGACGCACCACAGCCUUCUUCCUCCCUGGCCCCCUCUUCCCACUCUGAGAAUGCGAUGGCGUGGAAAGUUGUCCGUCCCAAAGGCAAAGAAGGGGGUCAGCGACUGACCUCCAAAACCUCGCUUAAACCCCCAAAGAACAAAAAGGUUGGCUCUCCCUCUCCUGCAAGCGGGGGACUUUCCACCUCACCUCAAGCUCUGACAGACGCCCAGUCGUUUGACAUGCUGGCAACCUGUGCCCAUUGCAACAUUCUCCUGCCGCUGCCAACCCUUUGGAAACACGAGAUCAAAUGCCUGCGUCUGACAUCUUUAAAAAACGCUAGGAUGAAACAAAAAUCAAGCCAUGGAGAAAAAGAAGACUCUUUUGACAGCGCUCUUGAUUUAACCUGGAAAUAGAGGCACAUCUUCAGAUUGAAGCUUCAGCUCAGCUUUAGCAAAAUAUGCUGAAAGCAUGAUUGCUUGAUUGACACAUUAAAGUAACUUGCUGCUCUGGAUUGAGAA